AUGACUACUCAAAUCAUCAACAACAGUUUACAAACCUUGGUAGCUCGGGGUGGUGUGUGUAAGGUGUUUGGUAUACGGCUAGUAACCAACCCAGCCAUAGUCCAGCUAGCACAAAAUAGCGGCUUUGACGCCCUAUUCAUUGAAAUAGAGCACUCUUCCCUGUCGAUCAACGAGGUUAAUCAGCUCUGUGCAGCUGCCCUACAGAUUGGAAUCACACCAUUUGUUCGAGUGCCAUAUCAGUGUGGUAAUGGGUUUGUCCAGCGCAUUCUUGAUGGAGGUGCAAUGGGCGUUGUUUUCCCCCACAUCCACAACAAAGGUGACGCUGAAGCGGCUGUCCAAAUAUGCAAAUACCCGCCACAAGGUUGCCGCUCGAUGACGGGCCAACUACCUCUCUUCUCUCUUAAGCCCACCCCCACUUCCAGGGUGAUCAGCGAAACGAAUGCCCAAGGGUCGUCGGUGAUAUUGAUGAUCGAAACCAAAGAGAGUGUUGAGAAGAUAGACGAAAUUGCCGCUGUGACUGGUGUUGAGGUUCUGCUGAUUGGCUCUAAUGACCUGUCAAUCGAGCUGGGAUGCGCGGGCCAGUUCCAGGAUGAAGCAUUCCGCUCAGCACUGGCGGCUGUGAGCGCCGCCUGCCAGAAGCACGGAAAGGUUUUCGGGCUUGCGGGCAUAUAUGACGCACCUGAGCUUCAGAGCUGGGCGAUCAACACAUUGUCGGCCGGGUUUAUUCUCUGUCAACAAGAUUCGGGAAUCUUGGCUGGAGGAGGCAAAAAAUGUGCCGAAGCCGUUGCCGCCUUGUGUCAACGAUAA